AUGAGGGACUUGCAAAGAAGCCAAGUGGGAGUAAACGACCCCCUCACCAAGGCCACCGAGGUCAUGAAGAAACUCGACUCUCCGAAGGCAAGUCUUGCUAAGAUCGAAUUUCUCGUGUGCCUCACGGCAUUGUUACUAUUCUUGCUCCCCAUCUUAAGCUCGUCAAGGCGUCGGCACAACAACGGGAUGCUCAAGAUCGUGUUAUGGGCAGCAAACACCCUCUCAGGCUCCCUCAUUACGUACACGCUCGGUCUCAUGACUGAAGCAUCGUUCCAAAAUGAGCUGCUCCUGAUUUGGGCCACUUUCUUGUUAAUUUUCUUCGGGUGCUCAGGCUCCUUCUCUGCCUACAGCCUGGAGGACAACGAGCAGUGGAAGAACUAUUAUUGGCAAUAUGGGAUCAAGAGUUUCUUGGUAUUGACGGUGGUUAUCGUGCACGGCGGCAUGGCACAGAUAUCUUUGGCGGGAAUUCUUCUAUUCCUAGUGGUGCCACUCAAGUUCAGUGAAAGAUUAGGGUCUAACAUUAUUGCAUGCGGGGAUAGCCUACUGAGAACCACCAAAUUGAUCGCAGACUACAUGAGCUCUGAACACCGGUUGUCGGAUACGUCCUAUCCCGACCCUAUCGAGAUGAGAGGAUACAAGUAUGUUGUGAGAGGUGAAGAGACAAGAUUGAUAGAUGGUUUUGGAUUUACAAUCUUUAAGAGGCGGAAAGAGAGAGAAGCUGCAGCACAAAUGGAAGGGCCAAAGUACCGCAAGUCAUUGAAGAUCACGGACCAAAUCAUCACGGUCGAGAACGUGUGGGCAUGCCAAGGAUGGCUUUUGAGAGGCGGGGAUGAAGACAACAAGCUCAAGGACAUUUGCCUAUCGUUUUCGCUCUAUAAGGUUCUCUCCUCAAAAUUUUGCAGCUAUUCAUUGCCAAAAGAAGCUCACGAAAAGCUGUGGAAGUUGAUUCGGCACGGUUUGCUUGCAGAAGAAACGGGCUACGAGCGAGCAUUUAGGGUCAUUGAGCUAGAGCUUUCCUUUCUUUUCGAUUCUUUCUACACCACUUACCCGAUCAUCUUCAAGCCGGGCUGUUGGCCAAUAAAGAUGAUGGAGGUCUUGCUUUUGGUCAUUGGUUCUCUGGUGACAAUCGGGCUUUGUUUCGUGUGGUACAACUCGACUAGACCCCAAUACCGAGUUCAACUGGCUACUUCGGGCGGGUUGAGCAUCGACGUUCUCGUGACUUCGCUAAUUCUUAUGCUAUUCACAUGUUUGGAGCUUGUGCAGCUUUUCUUCAUUGCCACCUCGGAGUGGGCAAAAGUGUCGUUGCUAUGCAAGUACGUACAGACAAACUCGUGGCACGGGAACAAAGGGAUCGAGAAGCUGCUAGGACUAAUGUGCCGGACGCAAUUACUGAAGCCUUGGGAAAGGAAACUUCGCCAAUACUCGCUUCUCGAGUCGUAUAAUCACACCCCUUCAUUCAAUCAGCGAACAGCUGCCUUUAGCGAUGUCAGAAUGGACGGUCGAAAACAAAGCAGGACUGCCGAGUUGUCCUCGGAAGUGAAACGAGCCGUUUUCCAUUUUUUUAAGUCGAAUCCACGGGUAUUGGAGAAUGGAAAAGCUUCUUUGAGACUAAAUCAAGUGGAGGAUGAGCUCUCCUGGGCGUGUAGGCUCGAGACGCAAACUCAAGUCAUAAUUGUGUGGCAUAUCGCCACAAGUAUUUGCGAACACGAGAUGCAGAUUUCAGAUUCGAACUUCCACGUGGCCACAUGCUUAUCCAAAUAUCUCGCUUACUUGGUAGUAUUUUCUCCAAAGUUAUUACCUGAUCACCCUUGUGAUGCGGAGUAUAUUUUCUACCAAAUCGUUUUCGAAUCAAGAAAAUUGCUUGAAGGAUGCAAUACAAAAGAAGAAAGAAUUCGGAAAUUGAAGGAUAUCGGUGAGACAAGGGAUGAUACAAGUAGAGUAAUAAACCAAGGCGCGCGGUUAGGGCAGCAAUUGUUGAAUGUAGAAAAUGACGCAAACUUUAUUUGGAAGGUAUUGGCCGAGUUUUGGGCGGAACUUAUGGUGUUUGUGGCCCCAUCAGACGACGCGAAAGCACAUGCGGAGCACUUGGCAAUGGGUGGAGAGUUCGUGACUCACUUGUGGGCUUUGGUCUCUCAUGCCGGCAUCGAGCGAGAACCUCUUGUUGAGCGACCGACUCUCGACAGAAGCUGA